AUGUCAGAGGGCCUGGAUCUCUCCCAGCCUCACGCGGACGUGGCACGAAAGGCUCUGGACUUGGCCUAUUGCUGCAACUACGGUGAAGGCUUGGCUUCCUGUGUCCUCCGGGCUCGUGGAGAGAUUUUCGCCGGUGCCAGCGUGGCACUGCAGAUGGGUCCGAUGCAGCCAGGUGGCCUCUCUCCGCUGUCUGUGGCCUUGGUCGCGCUUGGGGCGAAGGGAGGCCGUGUGGAGGAUGUCGAAAGCGUCGACUGGGUCGCUGGUGUUCGCGCCCAGGUUGCGGAGCUUUGCCGCUGGGACGAAGAGCUGCUGCAGGCCGUGGCGCCCGGCAAGGCCUUCCGAGUGCUGUGA